CUGAAAAUGGCAAGUGAAGUUCAUGCAGUUGUUGAUGCCCAUUCUCCUCCGAAGACGCCAACGGUUUGCGUCACAGGAGCAGCUGGAUUUAUCGGCUCUUGGCUUGUCAUGAGACUCCUUGAACGCGGUUAUAAUGUCCAUGCUACUGUUCGUGAUCCUGAGAACCAGAAGAAGGUGAAACAUCUGUUGGAACUGCCAAAAGCUGAUACAAACUUAACGCUGUGGAAAGCAGACUUGGCAGUGGAAGGAAGCUUUGAUGAAGCCAUUCAAGGCUGUCAAGGAGUAUUUCAUGUGGCUACACCGAUGGAUUUCGAGUCCAAGGACCCAGAGAACGAAGUAAUUAAACCAACAGUCAGGGGAGUGUUAAGUAUCAUAGAAUCAUGUGCUAAAGCUAACACAGUGAAGAGGCUGGUUUUCACUUCAUCUGCUGGAGCUCUUGAUGUCCAAGAGGACCAAAAACUCUUUUGUGACGAGACCAGCUGGAGCGAUUUGGACUUCAUAUAUGCUAAGAAGAUGACAGGAUGGAUGUAUUUUGUUUCCAAGAUACUGGCAGAGAAGGCUGCAAUGGAAGAAGCUAAGAAGAAUAACAUUGAUCUCAUUAGCAUCAUACCACCACUGGUUGUUGGCCCAUUCAUCACACCUACGUUCCCACCUAGCUUAAUCACUGCCCUUUCACUAAUUACCGGGAAUGAAGCUCACUACGGCAUCAUUAAACAAGGUCAAUAUGUGCAUUUGGAUGAUCUUUGUGAGGCUCAUAUAUUCCUGUAUGAGCACCCCAAGGCAGAGGGAAGAUUCAUUUGCUCGUCCCAUCAUGCUAUCAUCUACGAUGUGGCUAAGAUGGUGCGACAGAAAUGGCCAGAGUACUAUGUUCCUACUGAGUUUAAGGGUAUCGAUAAGGACUUACCCAUAGUGUCUUUUUCAUCAAAGAAGCUUAUGGAUAUGGGGUUUCUAUUCAAAUACACUUUGGAGGAUAUGUAUAAAGGGGCAAUUGAGACUUGCCGACAGAAGCAGCUGCUUCCCUUUUCUACCCAAAGCACUGCAGACAAUGGAAGAGACAAAGAAGCAAUUCCCAUUCCUACUGAAAACUAUUCAAGUGGCAAGGAGAAUGCACCAGUUGCCAAUUGUACAGGAAAGCUUACCAAUGGUGAAAUCUAGAACC